AUGGUUCUCGGUGGUUCUCACACAGAGAAAUCUACUAAACCACUACAAUCUUUGUCAUGUCGGCACUUAUCAAACCUAGACAUGAAAAGUGUUCUUAGUCAUAUCAUUAACCUGCACUUCAAUUUAAUAUAUACUAAAUUUUGUAAUCAUAGCGCUAGCAUAAUUGUAUUUAAAUCACUGGGUCUUGAUUGGAGACCUCCUAAGCAGGCGAGCGCAAAUUUUCAGCAAGCUCAAUCGACGCCACCUCGUACGGCGCCCAGCCACAGUAACAAAGAUCAACUUCAUUUUCUUUCUUCCAAUUUUUUCCAUAACAAGUCACCCGAUACCGAUGACGGUAAUGAUGACGACAACCAGGAUGAUGAUAACGAUGAUGAUGUCGGUGAUAAGAAUUACAAUGAUAGUAACAACUAUUCAAAUGAUAAUAAGAAUAAUCUAUUUGAAUCUCCACAACUACAAUACAUCAAUGAUGAUAACCAGAAAGAUUUUCCAACAGUUCUAUCUUCAUCAUCACUGCCCAUCAUGAUGUCCGGUCAUGAUAUGAUGAACUCAUCAUCGUCAUCAUCCACCGCGUUUGCACCAGCCCCCUUGUUGCCCACCAAUAAAAUGCCCCCCAUGCCUCCGGUAAAAAUAGAACGGAAGGUUUUCCCCACCGAUCUCUCGCUUUCGUUUGUCAGUUCGUGUGAUGAUGACAGACUUUUAAACGAUAGUUUAGUUCAGUCCGUCAAUCACGAUGAUGAAGAUGUUGGCGCUGGUGAUGGAAAUGAUGGUUUAAUGAAUGAAAACAUUGGCAACAGUCAACAGACUCUAAAAGAUUAUGUCAACAGUUCUAAGCAGAUAUCUGACAGUUGUAACUCUCAGGCGUCAAACAAGAAGCGUAAAAACUUUCAGAAUUUCGUAUGCCAUGAUAGUUGUAACAAGAGAAACGUUAACAUAAGCAGUUCAGCUAAAGUUAAAUCAAGUGCAAUUAAUUCCUGUCAUAAUAAUAAUCCAAGCUCCUUGACGCUGAAUAAAACAAAUAACAACACGGCAUCAGCUCUGAAGACAGGCAAACCAUCCACCAUUGAUAAAAAUUUCAAACCAUCUUCAUACGCCAACAAAAAAUCAUUCAACAAUUCAACGAAAGCUGGUACAUCCAGUUUCAACGGCAACGGUAACAACAGCAAACCGCCUACUCCGCCACUCAGAAGAAUGCCAUCAUGGAAUUCUAUGUACUAA